AUGCGCAUUCUAAUGUUCACCGCUAAUGCCGCUGGCACAGUUAGGGCGAGCUGUUGUCAGGCGGCCAGGCGGCUGAUUGCUAAAUUGCCAACGCGACUCGGCCGCAUGAAGGCGCACCGAAGGCUGCCCGAGCCCAGCCGGCGAGAUUCGUGUAAUUAUCCAAUAGAGUGCGCGAGCACCGGCUCAGGGCAACCGCACGCGCCCCACGUG